AUUUAAUUGAAUAACGUGAAUACAAGUACAUUCAAAAUGAAAAUUGAUAUACAUAACCAUAUACUUCCAAAAGAUUGGCCAAAUUUGAAAGAUAGGUAUGGGUAUGGAGGCUUUAUUCAGCUUCAACAUACAUGUGAUGGUAAGACAGCAAAGAUGUUGAAAGAUGACGAGUUAUUUCGAGUAAUCGAUGCAAAUUGUUGGUCGGCCGAAGAACGAAUCAAAGACAUGGAUGCUACGGGUGUUACAGUUCAGGCACUAUCUACUGUUCCUGUGAUGUUCAAUUACUGGGCCAAACCAGAACAUACCUUGGAUUUUUCAAAAAUAAUCAAUGAUGAUUUAGCCAGUACCGUUAAACAAUAUCCAAAGCGUUUUGCUGCUCUGGGCACAUUGCCUAUGCAAGCACCUGAACUUGCGCUUGGUGAAAUGGAAAGAUGCAUGAAAGAUCUGAAAUUUAGUGGAUUUGAAAUUGGAUCUCAUAUUAAUGACUGGAAUCUGGAUGCUCAAGAGUUAAGACCAUUUUGGAAAAAGGCAGAGGAAUUAGAUGCUGCUAUAUUUGUUCAUCCUUGGGACAUGUCACUUGGUGGCAGGUAUAAGAAAUACUGGUUGCCGUGGCUUGUGGGAAUGCCCGCGGAAACAACACUCGCAAUACAGUGUAUUUUAUUCGGUGGCGUUCUCGAAGAGUUCCCCAAGUUAAAAAUAUGUUUUGGUCAUGGCGGUGGGUCAUUUCCAUAUACAUUAGGAAGGAUUGAACAUGGUUUCAAUGUAAGACCAGAUCUCUGUGCAACAGAAAAUAAAUUUGGACCGCGUAAAUACAUUGGGAAGAUUUUUACAGAUAGUCUUGUACAUGACGCUAAUGCUUUAAAGUUUUUAUUGGAGGUUAUUGGUGAGGAUAAUGUAAUUCUUGGCUCAGAUUAUCCUUUUCCCCUGGGGGAACAUCACCCUGGUAAAUUGAUUGAAUCAACGGAAUCUUUAAAUUCUGAGACAAAGGAAAAGGUGCUGUUUAGGAAUGCACUCAGAUUCUUGAACUUGAAUGAAAAAGAUUAUGUUUAAAGUCUUUAGGCCUGUAUUUUGCUCAUUGGUGUAAACUUAAUUGGUAUAAUCUAUUAUGGUCGGAUUUUAGAUAUGGUGUGUGCUUGUGUCUAUUCUAGUGGUGGAAUUUUUUUUGUAUUUGUCCAUUUUUUUUCGCAUUGCAAUAUUUUUAAUAAUAGUGAUUUCUUCAAUAGCCUAAGCUUUUUCGUAUGCAAUGAAUUAAUGAAUAUUUCGUACCUUGUGCAAUUAAUUUUUAUUUCAAAAAAUUUUGUUAUCAAGUAUAUAGUACUGGUAAGGUGACAGCGUGAAAAAAUCAUGUAUUAUUUUGUUUUUAUUGUUCUAAUCGUUUAUUCGGUCAUAGCUGUCAAGAUAAGAUGCCAAACAUUCAUUGUGAAAUCGUCUUGUUUCUUGCUUUCUUAGCUUAAGAUUACACUAACAUUGAUUCUCUCUAUCUCAUGUGUAUCUAGA